AGAAGAUGAGGAGAGAAGAAAGGCAAACGAACUAUCGCCUCUAGAUCAAUACCCUCACCCUUUUCUCUGCCAUUGGGGGUGGUGAGGACCCCCCGCGAUAAUCAGCACGUGACCCCCACGAUCGGCGAUUAUUUUUCUACCCUCCGAAAUUAUUGACUCGUUGCAAUCCAUUCAGCUUCACCACCUCCGAUCCCACAUCUUCCUCUCCUUCUCUCUCUCCCUCCGGAAAAACCGGUUACCCGCCAAAAUGCCUCCCCGGAAGCAGUGGAUCGACAAGAAGCACGCCACCACCUACCAACUCUUCCACCGUGCGCAAAAUGACCCUCUCAUCCACGACCCCUCUGCCGACGAUCGCGUCCUGGCGCCCGUCUACGGCCCGGCCCCGACCUCCAGCAACGCCUCCGCCUCCGCAUCUCAGCACCGCGGCCUGAACCUCGCGGAUCUGAACCAAAGCUUCGGCGCUGCCGCCGUCCGCAAAAACGAGGGUGAAGCCGCCAACUACGGCAUCUACUACGAUGAUUCCAAGUACGACUACAUGCAGCACUUGCGCGAGCUUGGCAUGGGCGCCGGUGAUGCUCAUUUCGUCGAGGCCAAGACCAAGGGCAAGGACAAGGGCAAGGGUUUGAAGUUGGAGGAUGCCCUGCGCCAGGUGUCGCUGGAUGAUGGCCGGAGCGAGUUUGGCGGUGCCGAGAGCGUUUACAGCCAUGACAUGCGCUCGACCGCAUCGUCGUACGUGCGCCAACCCACCUACCAGGACCAGCAGAACGUUCCCGAUGCGAUUGCAGGUUUCCAGCCGGACAUGGACCCGCGGUUGCGUGAGGUCCUCGAGGCCUUGGAGGAUGAGGAGUAUGUGGAUGAGAACGACAACGAGGAUGUCUUUGGCCAGUUGACGACGCGGGCCGAGGAAAUGGACCAGGGCGAUUGGGAGGAUACUUUGUUCGAUGAUGUUGAGGAAGAGGAUGAUGGCUGGGAGUCCGAUGCGACAGAGAAGGCCCCCGUGCAGAUGAAUACGACCGACGCCAGGGCACGGUACCAGGACACCGAGCAGCCCGACGGAGAGCUCCCCGUGCAUGACGAGCCCGCGCCCGACAUGCACCCCGAGGAUCAGGGCUGGAUGCGCGAGUUCGCCAAGUUCAAGAAGGACGCCAAGGGCAAGCCUAUUGCCCCCGCUGCGCCAGCCAGUGUCGUGCCCUCCGAGCAACAAAGCACCCUGGCUUCGACCGUCUUCACCGUCGGCGGAACCCCCAUCCGCCGAAAGAAGCGCAAGGGUGCCCUGACUAACCCCUCCGCGUACUCCAUGACCUCAUCCUCCCUGGCCCGCACCGAAGGCCACCGACUCCUCGAUGACCGGUUCGAGCGCGUCGAGGCCCUCUACUCCCUCGACGAAGAGGAUGAGUUCGACGACAGCAUGUCAGUGGUCAGUGGAAUGACUGGCAUGACCAACAUGACCGGCAUGACGGGCAUCUCAACCGUCUCCUCCCAAGCACCCAGCCUCGUCGACGCCAACGGCGAAGCCGUCCGCCCCUCCCACAACUUCAACAACGUCAUGGACGAUUUCCUCGCCGGCUGGGACGACAAGACCAGCGCCCAGGCCAAGCGCAAGGGCGCCAAAGCCAAGCGCGGCAAGAACGGCAACGAGGCCAUCGGCAUCCGCAUGCUGGAUGAGGUGCGCCAGGGUCUGGGUCCUGCCCGAGUCACCGGGAAGGUCUCGGGACGGGCAUAGACAGAGCUUGUCCUAUGUUUGUGUGUGUGUAUGUGUGUGUGUGUGUGCAUGGCUUCAACGAUUGCAACGAUACCAUUUUUACUUCCUUACUUCACUACCAUACUGUUUUUUUGGUUUGGUUGGAAAACGCGGGUAGGCUGGCGUUUUGUGUGGCAUUGCAUGCAUGGUGAUAGACUUUUUCGUUAUCAUAAAAGUUCUCUUUCGGGUUCCUA